AGUGUUGGGGAGACCUUGAGCCAGCCAAGCUCCCGGCUAAGCGGUCAACAGGACAAUGUGGGCCUUUUCCUCCUGGGCUCCUCAUCGCACCUAGUGAUACCCCACAACAGCCCCGCAGGGCCCCGUCAGGGCCCAAGAUGUCCCCUGGGGCCUUCCGGGCGGCCCUGCUCCCACUCUUUCUGCUGGUCUGUCCCACGCAGCAGAAGCCCCUGCAGAGCUGGGGCCAGGCAUCCCCUGGUGGAAAUGCCCGAAGCUCACUGGGAUGGUCCGGAGGUGGAGAGGAGGGCGUCUUUGACCUGAAGAUGUUUCUGGAGAACAUGAAGGUGGACUUCCUGCGCAGCCUUAACCUGAGUGGCAUUCCCUCCCAGGAUAAAACCAGAGCGGAGCCGCCCCAGUACAUGAUCGACUUGUACAACAGAUACACGACGGACAAGUCGUCCACACCUGCCUCUAACAUCGUGCGGAGCUUCAGCGUGGAAGAUGCUCUGUCGACAGCUGCCACGGAGGACUUCCCCUUCCAGAAACACAUCCUGAUCUUCAACAUCUCCAUCCCUAGGCACGAGCAGAUCACCAGGGCUGAGCUCCGCCUCUACGUCUCCUGCCAAAAUCGCGUGGACUCCACACACGGGCUGGAAGGACACAUGGUCGUUUACGACGUCCUGGAUGGUGAUGAGACUUGGGACCACGCUCCGGGGACCAAGACCUUCUUGGUGUCCCACGACAUUCAGGACGAAGGCUGGGAGACCUUAGAGGUCUCGAGUGCCGUGAAGCGGUGGGUCAGGGCAGACGCCACAACAAGCAAGAACAAGCUGGAGGUGACAGUGCAGAGUCCUCGGGAGGGCUGUGACCCUCUGGACAUCAGUGUCCCACCAGGCUCCAAAAACCUUCCCUUCUUUGUUGUCUUCUCCAACGACCGCAGCAACGGGACCAAGGAGACCAGGGUGGAGCUGAAGGAGAUGAUCAGUCAUGAGCAGGAGACUGUGCUUGUGAAGACAUCCAAGAGCGCUUACCUGGAGGCAGGUGAGGGCCACGAGGAGGAGGGCGGGGAUGGGCACACCGCUGUGGGACCCCUUUUGGCUAGAAGGAAGAGGAGCACUGGGGCCAGCAGCCACUGCCAGAAGACUUCUCUCAGGGUGAACUUCGAGGACAUCGGCUGGGACAGCUGGAUCAUUGCACCCAAGGAGUAUGACGCCUACGAGUGUAAAGGAGGUUGCUUCUUCCCAUUGGCUGAUGACGUGACGCCCACCAAGCACGCCAUCGUGCAGACCCUGGUGCAUCUCAAGUUCCCCACAAAGGUGGGCAAAGCCUGUUGCGUUCCCACCAAACUGAGUCCCAUCUCCAUCCUCUACAAGGAUGACAUGGGGGUGCCAACCCUCAAGUACCACUACGAGGGGAUGAGUGUGGCUGAGUGUGGCUGCAGGUAGUGCCUGCAGCCACCCUGGGUGGUGGGGACACAGGGCAGGGGAGAGGUCCUGCCGAGGUCCUGCACCCUCCUGCGCAUGGCAUGCCUAAGUUGACCUGAAACCAUCCUUGAGAAGAAAAGGAGCCAGUCGCCCUCCCUGUGUCCGGUGGGUCCCUCUGCUGAAGUGCCAGUGACUGGGGUAUGCAGGCCUGUGGGCAGAGCAGGAGACCCUGGAAGGGUUGGUGGAUAGAAGGAAGAUGUUGAAAACGGAACUGGGGGCAGAUGAUCUGGGAACAGCAGGAAACCAGGCGGAAGCUGGUAGAAGAUGCAGGUGGUGUGCAGAGAAUCCCCGGAGUCACACGGAGUCCAGGAAGCUGAGACUCAUUCCAACAACCUCAGGUGUGAAGGAAGGCGUGGACUCCAGCUGCUGUUUCCUGUCCCUGCCCACACCCCACUGAGAUGUGUGUCAUGACCUCUGACUGUCACUUGUAGAGACCAAAACUCAGCAAGCCAGUUACUAUGACUCAAUGGUAGGAUUCUAGCCCAGGUCUGUGGGGCCCCAAAAUCUGAGACCUUCCCAAGUGUCUCAUGAGGUUCAGCAAAUCAGUGCAUAUGGGUUGAGUCACUAGAUAUUGAAGGCCCAGCGUGAGGCCAGGCAGGGCUGAGCCAGGUCCACACUGACCACUAGGAAUGGCCUGCUUGCUGGGCUCCAACAGGAUCUGCUUGCUCCGUCCCCAUGCUCACUCUGUGGCCAUGGGAUUUAUGAUGAAACCCCUCCCCUGAAGAAAUACCCCCCAAGCAACCACAGAACGGAGGCAGUUCAGGAACUCAGCCCUCUGACGCUCACUGUGACCCGAGCCCCUUUGACCCCAGUGCAGUCCUUGGGAAUUUCAGUAGUCAUACAAGGCCACUUGCGUUCCUUGAUUGCGAUUCUGUGACCAUCUGGGAGGGACUGCCUAUGGUGUGGACCUCUGAAAUUAUCUACUCUGUCUGGCCAGCUCCCCAGACGGGAGUCCUCCUGCCUAAGGACUCCACAGAGGACAAGGCUGGGGUCUAAUUUUGUUGGGAUCAAAUGUGCUUUUGGUUAACUAUGAAAUGUAACUGCUUUCCUUCCCUGGUGACCUGCACUCCAAUGACUAGAAGUCUUACUUAUGAGAGCCCCUGGCGUCUAAAGAGAGCUCUGCUUCCUUAUCUUCCACACGGACUGCCGUGGAGUCUGCCUGCACCAGCCAGCGUCCUCAAGGAGUGUGUCCCCAGGGAGAACAGCCUUGUCGUUCCUGUGCCUCAACCUCCCAUCUGACUCUCCUGGUGGCUCACAUGACUGAAUGGGGUGAGGAAGAGCCUGACGCCCUCUGGCAUCCGGGGCCCAAAGGACUUUAAACAUCUGGACCACUCUCAUUGACUGAUGCUCCAACAUAAUUUUAAAAGGAUCUGCAUUAACUGUUUACAUGGAAUCAGUGACCAACUUUAACACAACACAUAAUGGAGCGUUGGUGUUUGAUCUGUAGAGCUGGAGAAAAGAUAAAUCCCUAAUGUGUGCCAGGCAGCGUGGCAUGACAGUGCUGUCCACAGAUGAUGGUGGGUGGUGACGUCUUCUUCGGGUCCCAGUGAUGUGUCUGUGUGUGUGAGGGAGUUUUACUUAGAAAUAAAGUAUAAUGCCUUGUGUGCAUCUUUCCUGAAUGGACGGUCAGAGCUGUAAGCUCUCCAGUUCCUUGGGCCUGUCAGUCUGCUCUAAUUAGACCCUAGGAGAUGUGCCAUUUCUGUCCCUUGGAUAGCCAAAAGGGAAGGACAGGAAGCUUCCACAGGGUGAAGGUGUGUGUCAUCUGCACAUUGGGGUAGGUGAACACGUGUGUGUGUGUGUGUGUGUGUGUGUGUGUGUGUGUGUGUGUGUGUGUGUGGUGUGCAUGCAAGUGCUUGCAUGUGCUGCCAUGAGCAACUGUGUGGACAGAAGUUUGCUGAAAGUUAGCUGCCCCACUUUGUUCUCCCCUCCCCCACAUACACACUUCAGAGCAGAAUGUCUGUCUAUAGCGCAUAGAUAAGCUUAGGUUUAUUCCACCCAGUGUGCAAGGGUGUCUCUCCCAGUGUCUGUCCACCGCUGUCAUGCUCAGAUGCCCAUCUCUCCAGCCAAACCCUGCCCACAAGCUCACUCCUGUUCUCCAUCCCCAGACUGAGGUUCUGCUCACCCCACUCCCAAUUCCUAGCUGCACAACAACUUCCAUCACCUGUGAGGGAGGCCCCAAUCUCUAGCACCACCCACUCUAGCCUCCUGGAUCUUCUAGCUCUGGAAAGCAUCAGGCCUGGCUCAGGAGAUCAUCUCCCAGCCAAGGACUCCAUAGAGGACAAGGCUGGGGUUGGAGUCCCUUAGAGAAAACAAUGAAUUUUGACUUCAGUGUCAUAAAGUAAAUGGACACCAGGCAGAUGCCCCUAUGCACUUGGAUUUUAGGUCCUGACUCAUCAGCUGACACAGAGGACUUCCUUGCCCAGAAACACAACUGCACUUCAACACCACCCUCCCUAGGCACAUGACACCCCUGUCACAGAGUUGCCAAGCCUAGCAGGGAAAGCUGACAUCUUCCUGGUUUGUGCCACUCAUAAUUAUGAGUCUUCCAGAGAUAAGACCAUAAGCCACUUGCUUUGGUCGCUUCAGGAGGGCCAACAUACCCUGUGGACAAACUGGUGUGGUGCAGUGCACACGGACAAAACACACAAGGGGUCUCUGGCCUUCGUGGCACUGGGCUAUUUUCACAUAGCACCUGUUGAAACUUGCUCGCCCACGACUAUGCAUUGAAACCCUUGGGACACACCUGCAAUGCUGCCUUGGACACAGCUCCUAAAGCACCUUCCGUUUGUGGUAAAGUGAUCGCUGCAAUGUACAUGAAGACACCGAAGGUGUGGAAGGACUGUCCUGUCCUGGGCUGCUCAGUGAGAAGCUGCCCUCUGCCUCUUUUAUGACCUUUUCUCUGUGUGAGGAGCAAGGGAAGGGAGCUGAAGAAGGCUGAGGAGUAUAUGCUGGACACUCUAACAGAGGGGCAGCUCUCAGGAAGUGGCCUCAGGCCUCACGAAUCUAGAGAGACAGAAUUCAUUUUCUAAUGCAGAAGGCCUGCCCUAGGACCUGAUGACCCUGUCGGAUCUGCCCUCGGGGUUUCUCCAAUCUGUGAGCCAUCUCUCAAAGGCCAGCCAGUUGGAUCCGCAUGAAGACUCUGUGGGGAAGAGGCAGCAUGCAUGCUGCUGUCUGCCUCACACGGUCCGGUUCACUUUCCACAAGGAUAGCAAGGAGACGGCGGCCAUGCAUGAGUCAGCCACCCUGGGCGGUUUAUCAGACACCGCCCUGUUUAGAUCCCCUCUCUCUAUCCAUAGCAAUCUGUGCUCUGUACGUGAUCACCACUCAGACAGCUCUCUGUUCACCAGCAGUGGGCUCCUACCACUAGUGUGCAUCCCAGCUCAUCGGAAAACAAAACAAAGUUCCUGACUUGGAUCACUGUCAGUCUCUCUGCCAGCAUCUGGUCUGCCCUCAUGGCUCCUUUAGUACAGAUAAUCCCUAACACAGGAGCAUCUUAAUAAGGGCGGCAGAUGGUGGCUAUAGAAACCGCUUUGCUACAGCUGAGAUGUUGAACAGUAUGCAGGUCUGAGUGGGUCGGGGGCCUUUCUAGUUCAUGUCACUUU